AUGUAUGUAACAGCUCUUGAUUCAUCUUUACCAAGUCAAUAUUCUCAAGAUUCAACAAUUGAAAAUCUUCUUAAUAAUUUAAUGAUUGAAGAGUGGAAUCCAACGCAAAUAUAUGAUCGAUAUUAUGAUGAAUGUCAACCUAUAGAAUGUACUUAUACUAUUAUAACAAGAAAUAAUAUACUUUAUGUUAUCACCACAUUAAUUGGUAUAAUUGGUGGAUUGACAAGAGUUUCAAAAAUUCUCGUACCAAUAUUAGUUAAAAUUAUCGUAUAUUGUUUUCGAAAAUGCAGAAACAGAGUUGUUCCACAAAUAUCAAUUAUUCAAACGUGAUUUUUUUUCUUCGCAGCGAUUAAUCAUGUGUUCUAUCAGAAACUGAUGUGCAAAUGAACAAGUUAAGCAGUUGAUAGACUGAAAUCUUCUAAAUGACAUUUUUUUUCUUUUUUUGUAUUAGUUGAAAGACUUUACAAAUAACAGAUAAAAAAAAAUUAACUCUUGAGAUUGAGUGUGGAUGUGAUAGUAUUAUUCAUAGUCCAAUCACAGCCACAUUCAUUGUAUUUCCAGU